CACACCAUCAGCCUCCGCCCAGCACACGGGCGACUGUCGCUCCACACCGGACAACAAUGACGGACAACAUCCCGCUACAGCCCGUACGACACAAAAAACGACACGACGGCAAACGGAGAGACGGGUGCUGCCCGUGGUCGAGAUGCUGUGGUGGAGGAGAUUUCCGGCCGCGGACCGUGUGGUUGGGCCAUCCGGAAAAAAGAGAGCAGAGGUACCCGAGAAAUGUCAUAAACAACCAGAAAUACAAUUUCUUCACAUUUCUGCCUGGGGUAUUAUUUAACCAGUUCAAAUACUUCUUCAACCUUUACUUUCUGCUGUUGGCAUGCUCUCAGUUUGUGAAUGAGCUCCGACUGGGGGCGCUGUACACAUACUGGGUUCCUCUGGGGUUUGUAUUGAUUAUUACAAUUGUGAGGGAAGCCGUGGAAGAGAUGCGAUGUUUUCUGCGAGACAAAGAGGUCAAUUCGCAGAUCUACAGCAAGCUCUCAACAAGAGGAACUGUGAAGGUGAAAAGCAGCGGCAUCCAGGUUGGAGAUCUUAUCAUUGUUGAAAAGAACCAGCUUGUUCCAGCCGACAUGAUUUUUCUGAGGACUUCUGAAAGAAAUGGCUCCUGCUUUUUAAGGACCGAUCAGUUGGAUGGAGAGACGGAUUGGAAACUGCGCCUCCCAGUGGCCUGCACGCAGAGAUUACCCACAGCAGCUGAUCUUCUGCAGAUCAGAUCGUACAUUUAUGCCGAAGAGCCGAACAUUGACAUCCACAACUUUAUCGGCACCUUCACCAGAGAAGAUGGAGACCCUCCGGUCAAUGAGAGUCUCAGCAUUGAAAACACACUGUGGGCCAGUACUGUCAUUGCCUCGGGCACUGUGGUGGGGGUGGUCAUUUACACCGGUAAAGAGCUGCGGAGUGUGAUGAACACCUCCAACCCAAGACACAAGAUCGGUCUGUUUGACCUGGAAGUGAACUGUCUGACGAAGAUCCUGUUUGGUGCUCUGGUCGUGGUGUCGCUGGUCAUGGUGGCCCUCCAGCAUUUUGCCGGUCGCUGGUAUCUCCAGAUCUUCCGUUUCCUUCUGCUGUUCUCCAACAUCGUGCCCAUCAGCUUGCGUGUGAAUUUGGACAUGGGCAAAAUGGUGUUCAGCUGGAUGAUCAAGAAAGACUCAAAGAUUCCGGGGACGGUCGUGAGGGCGAGCACGAUACCAGAACAGCUGGGCCGCAUCUCUUAUCUCCUCACAGACAAAACUGGUACACUGACUCAGAAUGAGAUGGUGUUCAGACGUCUUCAUCUUGGAACGGUGGCGUACGGGAUGGACUCUAUGGAUGAGGUGCAGAGUCACGUGUUCAGCGCUUAUACUCAGCCGCCCCAAGACCUUCAGGCUUCUCGUGCACAAGGUGCCACCAAAGUGAGGAAGACCAUCAGCAGUCGAGUGCACGAGGCGGUGAAGGCCAUCGCUCUGGUGCAUAACGUGACGCCGGUGUACGAGUCCAACGGUGUUACUGACCAGGCGGAGGCCGAACAGCACUAUGAAGACACCUGCAGGGUUUAUCAAGCAUCGAGUCCAGAUGAGGUGUCUCUGGUUCAGUGGACAGAGAGUGUAGGUCUGACCCUGGUUGGCAGAGAUCAAUCUUCAAUGCAGCUGAGGACCCCUAGUGGACAAAUCCUGAACUUCACAAUACUGCAGAUUUUUCCUUUCACCUAUGAGAGCAAACGCAUGGGCAUCAUAGUGCGUGAUGAAUCCACAGGAGAGAUCACGUUUUACAUGAAGGGAGCAGAUGUAAUGAUGGCCGGAAUCGUUCAGUACAACGACUGGCUGGAGGAAGAGUGUGGGAACAUGGCCAGGGAAGGCCUGAGGGUGUUAGUGGUGGCCAAGAAAUCCUUGACAGAAGAACAAUACCAAGAUUUUGAGGCUCGCUACGUGCAGGCAAAGCUGAGCGUGCACGAUCGCUCACUGAAGGUUGCCACGGUGAUUGAGAGUUUAGAGAUGGAGAUGGAGCUGCUGUGUCUUACUGGAGUAGAGGACCAACUGCAGGCCGAUGUCAGACCCACACUGGAGAUACUGAGAAAUGCUGGGAUCAAAGUUUGGAUGCUGACUGGGGAUAAACUGGAGACCGCGACCUGCACAGCUAAGAAUGCCCACCUGGUGACCCGAAAUCAGGACGUCCACUUGUUUAGACCUGUAACCACCCGAAGUGAAGCUCACCUUGAGCUCAACGCUUUCAGGAGGAAACACGACUGUGCGCUGGUGAUAUCAGGAGACUCUUUGGAGGUGUGUCUGAAGUAUUAUGAGUAUGAGUUUAUGGAGUUGGCGUGUCAGUGUCCGGCGGUCGUGUGUUGUCGCUGCGCUCCCACACAGAAAGCUCAGAUCGUCCGUCUGCUACAAGAACGCACCGGCAAACUCACCUGUGCCGUGGGGGAUGGAGGAAAUGAUGUCAGCAUGAUCCAGGAAGCGGACUGUGGCGUGGGAGUGGAGGGCAAAGAAGGGAAGCAGGCGUCUCUGGCUGCAGAUUUCUCCAUCACUCAGUUCAAGCACUUGGGCCGACUGCUCAUGGUUCACGGACGUAACAGCUACAAGCGCUCGGCGGCCUUGAGCCAGUUCGUCAUCCAUCGCAGUCUCUGCAUCAGCACCAUGCAGGCCGUAUUCUCCUCAGUCUUCUACUUUGCAUCUGUUCCACUUUAUCAAGGUUUCCUCAUUAUCGGGUACUCCACUAUCUACACGAUGUUUCCAGUGUUCUCUCUGGUUUUGGAUAAAGAUGUCAAGUCUGAGGUGGCCAUGUUAUAUCCUGAACUGUAUAAGGAUCUUCUGAAGGGUCGGCCUCUUUCGUUCAAAACCUUUUUGAUAUGGGUGUUGAUCAGUAUCUACCAAGGAAGCAUCAUCAUGUACGGCGCUCUGCUGCUGUUCGAGUCAGAGUUUGUGCACAUCGUGGCGAUCUCCUUCACCUCUCUGAUCCUGACCGAGCUCCUGAUGGUGGCGUUGACCGUGCAGACCUGGCACUGGCUGAUGAUAGUGGCCGAGCUCCUCAGUCUGGCCUGCUACAUCGCUUCUCUGGUCUUCUUACACGAGUUCAUCGAUGUGUAUUUCAUCACUACCCUGUCAUUCGUCUGGAAGGUGACGGCCAUCACUUUGAUCAGCUGUCUGCCUCUCUACAUCCUCAAAUACCUGCGGCGAAGGUUCUCCCCUCCGAGCUACUCCAAACUUACCUCUUAAAGACCACCAGAGCCCCCCUCGCAUCUCCAACCUCACAACUAACACAAGACUGGAACUUCUGGUUUGAUUCAGAGCUUCUAACCCAUUUAAACUAAACUCUCUGCUACUAAAAGUGUGAGUUUUAUUAGAUCAUACUGGACUGGUUUUGUUUCUUUGGUUAAAGUGUCAGUUUAAUAGCAUUAGCAGGUGUCUUCCGAAUGUCUGUGGACACUCGUAGUCACCAGACGUCUGAGAGCCAUUUAGUCUGAAUCAUCCGAUUCGACUCUUUGAAUGACUCUCCCUGGAAGACUAAACAUACUGGUUUGCUUUGGGAUUCAUUUAUGACACAAAGGGACAUCGAAUGUGCUCGGGUCACCUGGAAGGUUUUUCUUUAAUUAUUAA